AUGUUAUGGACAUCUGUUUCCCCUGGAUGUGAGUCCGUUGCAGCCCUGUCACGCCCACAGCGUCCCCUCUCGGCCCGGACGGCCCACCACGGCGCCCUGGCCUCCUCCAUGAAGGGGUACCAGGUCAGCCGCAGCCUGUCCUCUGUUGGAGAAGGGGGACACACACCGUGCGACUGCGACCCCGCCCCCAGCUCCGUCCGAGACUACGAACACUACGACGGAGCGGGACACCCCUACUACCCUCCCGGGGGUCCCCCAGAGCAUCGUUUCCUCUCCUCCCACUCUGGAGGGGGGACGUUCCCCCGCUCCCACCCCAGCCAUCACCCCGCGCCCCAUCAGUACGACUCAUGCGAGGAGUGUCUGUCCACGGUGGGGGGUCACGUGGCUAAGAUGCACAGCCUGGAUCAGUUUGAGAAGCAGCUUCCUCCAGACGGAUUCCACACCCUGCAGUACCAGAGGAGCGCCAGCGGGGCGGAGCAGCGCGGCGAGAGCCCCUCCCGUAUCCGCCACCUGGUUCACUCAGUCCAGAGACUCUUCGCCAAGUCCCACUCCCUCGAGGCGCCGUCGAAGAGGGAAUAUAACGGUACAAGAGGAGGAGGGGAUUACCGGGAAAGAGGAGGAGGAGGACAAAGGAGCGGAGGAGAAGAGGGCGGUGGGCAUCAUUAUUCGGGCCACCAGUCCCGCUCGGUGAAGCGCAGCAAGUCUCGCGAGCGCUCCAAGAGCGGGGAUGGGCGCCACGAGUCGUCUGGCCGGCGCCACCGGAACCGAACUGCCGGGUGGUGGAGCUCCGACGACAACCUAGACAGUGACAGCAGCUUUCUGGUAACCGCGGGCAACACCGGGCCAGGUGGUCGAGGUGGCGGGCGAGACGGGUACCCCACGGGCCACGAGAGUCUGGACGCUGCUAUCCAGGAGCUGACCAUGAAGAAACUGCCCAAGCAGGGGAGUGUACCACCAGGGCCCGGGCCGGGGGAGUGCAUGGCCUGUACCACUCUGGCCCUGGCAGGGGGGGAGGGUGGCGGAGGGGGAGUGGUAGGGUACCAUGGAGGGCCAGGGCAACACUCUCUGAAGAGGAGCACGUGGUCGGCCAUGACGGUCAGCCAGGCUAGAGAGGUGUACCCAUCGUCUGUCCGGGGAGGAGGAGGAGGAGGAGGCUAUGACAAGGCCUUGGUACCUCUGGAGAACAAACUGAAGGAGAGGACCUUUCACUACCUACAGGUCCCAUCAGACGGGGGGGAGUGGGGUGGACUCGGGGGCUACCCAGGCGGGGGUGGUCCUGACGGAGGGGGGGAGAUCCCCUGCAGGCGCAUGCGGAGCGGCAGCUACGUCAAGGCCAUGGGAGACGAUGAUAGUCAGGACUCUGACGCCAGUCCUAAAUCCUCUCCUAAAACCACCAUCAUCGCCCAGAGAGAGGCCUUCAGACGCUCUGUCAGCAUGGACCACAGGUCAUCUGCCACCAAAUACGCGUGUAAGCAGUGUGUAGAUGCUACGCUACCCUACGCUAACAACCUAAGCACGCCGAAGAGUCACGCACGCUCUCGGAGCUACACGCGGUCUCUGACCAGCUCACAGCUGGGUGACUCUCUGAAUCGUCAGUUUGAGGCGGUGUGUGAGACCAUGUUUGGGGAGAUAGAGAGUCAGGCGGUGGAAGCCUUGGAUCUGCCUGGCUGCUUCCGGACCCGUUCCCAUAGUUACGUCCGCGCCAUCCAGGCCGGCUGUUCCCAAGACGACGACUGCCUGUCCGUCUUCUCCAUGUCAGGACCCAGCAUCAAGGGAGGGGCCGUCAUCCCAUACCGUAAGGUUGGCCCUCCCCCUCUCCCUCCCCGUAUGUCCAAGCCUACGAUCUCUGUGAGGGCUCAGAGCAGCACAGAGUCUACCCAGGAUGCCUACUUCCAGAACACAGGCCAGCCUGCCCUGGGACGGCCCAGACAACACCAGAGCAGCUCUGACACAACGCAGCACUCCGGAGGACGAACAGCAGAAGGGAGUUACUACACAGGACCAGGACACGGCCGUUCCCGCCAGCACUCCAACUCAGCCGAGAGCCUGGAUAGGGUCCCCCGGUGGGGCAGGGAGCUUGUACUCUAUGGAGGGGGAGGACAGGGGCCCCCCAGAGUAAAACAUAGCGGCUCCGCUGAUAGUCUCUUGGAGGGGCCCAGGGGAAAGGAGAGGGGGGAGAGGGAUGUGGGACGGGCAGGGGGAAGUCUGGGGAAGUCUGCCUCCCUCUCACAGAACAGUAUAGUGAUGAGUAAGAUGGGAGGAGGAGGAGGAGGAGGAGGAGGAAGAGGAGGAGGCGGAGGACAGGAGGAGAACAAGACGGAGAGAAGAGGAAGGAAUUGGAGGCCGUCUAUCGCUGUACAGGUGGACAGCUCGGAGACCCUGUCAGACUCGGACCCGGAUGGCAAGGCUCUGAGAGAGGUUCACUCUAUAGGGGUGCAGGUGGAGGAGGACAAGAGACGUGCUCGGUUCAAGCGAUCCAACAGCGUGACGGCCAGCGUCCAGGCAGACCUGGAUCCAGCGGGGGGUUUCUCAGGCCUCACCUUCGCUGUUCCUACGCAGGAGAAGAGCCUCCAGUUCCCAGGCCUCACCUUCGCUGUUCCUACCCAGGAUAAGAGCCCCCAGUUCGGCUGCUCCUUCCAGAGACACUCCUCAGAGCCUGAGUCAGCCGACCAGUACGCAGAGUACCACCGCACGGUGCACACCCAGGGCCAGUGGGCCUACAGAGAGGACUACGUCCAGGAUGGUUACGCUACAGACCACCACCCUCACCAGAUACCCCCCCUGCCCCCGCGGGCCCACUCCCCCCUGCCCCUCGCAGCGGACCGAGGUGGCUGGAUAGGCACACCCCAGCCCUCACUGGAGGGGGGCCUCCGUAGUCUACCUGAUUCUGGUCGUGCCUCGCCCUGUCUGAGAGACGGAGAGUUCUUCUUACGCCUCCUUCAGGCGGAGGUGGAGAGGAUGGAGGGAUGGUGUCAGAACGUAGAGAGAGAGGCGGAGGAGAACGAGCUGCCAGAGGAGGUUCUGGAGCUGAUCCGUAAUGCGGUGGGCAGUGCCCAGAUGCUCAUGUCUCAGAAGGUGCAGCAGUUCUUCCGUCUGUGCCAGCAAAGCGUGGACCCGUCCGCGUACCCCCAGCCCACCUCUCAGGACCUGUCCGGGCUCUGGGACCUGCUCCAGCUCAACGUGGAAGACGUCAAGGUCAAGUUCCAGCACCUCCAGAGGCUCAAGGACUCCGGCUGGAGGCUUCCCCCAGACAAGAAAGAUGACAAGAAGCUUCCUCCCCCACUACCAAAGAAGCCAGCGGGGGGAGUGAGCGGCAGCCUCCGUGCCGACAGCGUCAGCGACCCCCCAGUGGAACGAGGGGUAGGAGGAGGCGGCGGGGGGCUGGUGAUGGCCCGUAGCGGGAGUGUGGGACGGGCCGUGCCUGUCCGGGAGAAGUCCUUAGACCUGGGCGACAGACAGAGGACUGAGGCACGCAGGAGACUGCUCCAGACCAAGAGGUCCGCUUCCUUCAGACAGAACUCAGCCACGGAGAGCGCAGACAGCAUCGAGAUCUACAUCCCAGAGGCUCAGACCCGGCUCUGA